AUGUGUGGCUACCUGGGCCACCUUGUCAAGUGCUGCGGCACCAAGGAUGAGCAGUGCCAUACCUUUGUCUUUAGCACUGUCUUCCGCGACUGGUGCAAGAACCCCGAAGGCCACGACAUGUACCUCUGCGCCCGCAACCACCACUACGUUACCUACAUGCCCGAGGCCCUAGAGUCCACCGCGCCCCUGGGCGGCAUCUGCCCCCGAUGCCAUGCCCGUCGUCUCGCGACGGACAAGGCCUCCUUAAAUGGCUUCACCAAAGCCAAGAUGAAGAACUCGAACAUUGUCAAUGCUAACCGCCACAUUCUAGACACCAUGAAGUACUGUGGCAAGGAGGGCUGGGCUACCCCUGAAAUGCUCGAGCUGCCUCCCGUCAAGACUGAUAACUGGGUUUUUCUUCAGGCAGGAGACGCCGUCGAGGCCCCAAAGACACCUGGUAUGGGGCAGAUUGCUGAAGAGCAAGAGGGCGAUGAGGCCUGGGUCGAAAUUAGCCUGUGCUAA